CGGUUACCGUGUAAAAGAAGAUGUCAGCCAAGAAAAGCAAAGGGAAGUCGAAAAAAGCAUUUGAUGGAGACAGCUCGGUCCUCAGCACGGAUGGUUCGGGGAGCACUGGCGAUUUCGACUCUUCCGCAUGCGAGGGAAGCGGCUGUGUGCUCGUGACUGAGUUCGUAGAGAAAGCGGAAGAAACGGCCCCGAAGCGAUGGAGGUCUUAUCUAGCCCAGCUGAGCGUGAGCACGAUAAAGAGCGUGAACGCUUGCAUCGGACGACCUGUUCUCCUCACAAGUUCUACGGGACAGCAGGAGGUGUGUGUAGCGUGGCCGGUGUCCCUGUUCCCCAGUAGAAGGGUGGGCCUGACGUCUGACACCCAGAAAAGCUUGGGCGUGCGGCCAGGUGCUGGAGUUACAGUGCAGCCCAUCACGGGGCCGAUCCUUCAGGCAGAAGAGCUCCGGCUGUCGCUACAACCGGAGGAUGAGCGCCUGGUUACGGAAGACUUCAGAAGUUUCCUCGUGCGUUCGUGGGAGGGCAGGCUCCUGCUCUCUGGCACGUCCUUGCCCGUGUUGUAUUUUGGACGCAGCUGUGACGUCAGGGUGGACUCGGUGAAGGGUGUGGACGGGGUCACUCUCUCUCCCCAUGCUUGCGUGCAGUCCCCUGUGCAGGACACGUCCCUGGAUCUGUCUCUGGAGCUACGUCAGCUGACCCUGAACCCCGUGCCGCCCGGCCUGUCUGCCAGCACCCCGACACGAUGUUGCCACCCUUCACCUCUGACCCCCACCACACCGAGUAAACGGAGUGCCACGCCCCUCGUCCGCAGCGUCCACUCCCUGUCCGACAGCCCCCUGCCCCCCAUGCCGGCGAUGCCCGGCGAGUCCCGGCGCCCCCCUGCCUCUCGCUGUGGGAGCGACACCUUCUACGCCGUCUGCCCCGCGACCAAACUAACCUUUGCCCACGACUGUGCACGUGCUGCCGAGGACGAGGGUCAGGAGAGGCCGAAGGUCACGUACGCUAUGAUAGGAGGGUUGAACGCUCAGCUGCAGGACAUCAGGGAGACGAUUGAGCUGCCCCAGCACCCAGAGGUCUUCCGGAAGUAUGGUGAGAAUCCGCCCCCUAGAGGAGUUCUGUUAUAUGGCCCACCUGGCACGGGAAAGACCAUGAUAGGACGUGCGGUAGCCAAUGAGGUGGGGGCCCACAUGACUGUCAUCAACGGCCCAGAGAUCAUGAGCAAAUUUUACGGUGAAACAGAAGCACGUCUCCGCCAGAUAUUUGCAGAAGCCUCGAGAAGGCAGCCUGCGAUCAUCUUCAUUGAUGAGCUGGACGCGCUAUGUCCAAGGAGGGAGGCCCCAGAACAGGUGGAGAAGCGCGUGGUGGCCUCCCUGCUCACACUCAUGGACGGCAUCGGAUCUGAGGGUCACCGCGGUAACCUGCUGGUGCUGGGGGCGAACAGGCCCCACGCACUGGACCCCGCCCUGCGCCGGCCUGGCCGCUUUGACAAGGAGCUGGAGGUGGGUCCCGGGGCCGACGGGCGGAGGGACAUCCUACAGAAGCAGCUGCGCUCUGUCCCCUGUGAGGCCACCACAGAGGAGAUGCAGGAACUAGCUGAUGCGGCGCAUGGAAACGUCGGCGCGGACCUCGCUGCCGUCUGCAAGGAGGCCGGACUUCAUGCGCUGAGGAGAGUUCUGGCCUCCGCUCCUGCCCUCUCUGACCUCGAGGUGGUGGACAGAGUGAAGGUCACGACCUCCGACCUCAAACUGGCCAUGAUGCAGGUCAAGCCCAGCGCCAUGCGAGAGGUCACCAUCGACGUGCCAAAGGUGCGUUGGAGUGACAUUGGUGGGAUGGAGGAUGUGAAGCUGAAACUGAAGCAGGCUGUGGAAUGGCCUCUGAAGCACCCGGAGGCCUUCUCUCGGCUGGGCAUAGCGCCCCCUAAAGGUGUCCUGCUGUACGGCCCUCCAGGCUGUUCCAAGACCAUGAUCGCCAAAGCCCUGGCAAAUGAGAGCCAGCUCAACUUCCUCGCCAUCAAGGGGCCCGAGUUGCUGAGUAAAUAUGUGGGCGAAUCCGAAAGAGCCGUGAGGGAGGUUUUCCGGAAGGCCCGGGCCGUCUCUCCCUCUGUUGUCUUCUUUGAUGAGAUUGACGCCUUAGCUGCAGAGAGGGGCAGUCGGUCCCAGUCCAGCGGUGUGGGUGACCGGGUGCUGGCCCAGCUGCUGACGGAGUUGGACGGAAUCGAACAGCUCAAGGACGUGAUGGUGCUGGCGGCAACCAACCGGCCGGACGUGAUCGACAAGGCUCUGACACGACCCGGACGCUUGGACCGGGUGGUCUACAUCCCUCUCCCAGACGCUGCCACCAGGAGGGAGAUUUUCACGCUGCAGUUCCGGAAUAUGCCUGUGCAUCCCAGUGUGCACCUGGAUGACCUUGUGACCCGGACAGAGCGCUACUCAGGGGCAGAGAUAACAGCGGUAUGUCGGGAGGCCGGCCUGCGAGCCCUGCAAGAAGACAUCAAGGCUGAGAGCAUCACCGAGCGGCACUUCGAGGCAGCACUGUCUGCGGUGACGCCGCGUGUGCCAGACUCCCUCCUCCGGUCCUACGUCACUUACCAGCAGCAGCACAGCGCAGGGGUCUCCCACUGACCCCUGGAACAUGGGGGGGCGGGGGUGGAAGAACUGGACAUUCAGGCCUACUCAGCAGUGUCCUGCAUCAGCAAAUAAAAGAAUAAACACCAAA